UUAAACGCGAUCAUCGGAUCGGUAAACACGCGCCUUCUUUCGAGCGGUAGUUGUCACAACAAUACGGAAGACUUGUACGCUCCAGUCGAUUCGUUCGUUUUUCUUGUUUUUUUUUGUGUGUUCGUUUCACGUAACUCCUUUCAAGGAUAUUCUUGUGAAAGGGUUAUAAUAUAAACGCUAAAAACUGAUGAAUUGAAGUUUUUCCUACUAGUGUGAGUUUUAGUUGAAUAAAAGUGCUUAAUGGAUGCGCAUUCUGUAAAAGAGCACUCGACUAACACCAGCAACAACAACAACAACAACCGCAACGGCAGCGAAGGCGAUGACCAAAAUAGUGAGCAGAAUAAUGCAAAUAACGCCACCGUAAGAAGAAAUCCGUCAAUUCUGCUGGCGCUGGACACCGUGCAUCGGUCUCUGCUGCUGAAAAAUCUGCAGUUCGAUAAAGAUACCACAACCGACAACGACGGUGAUAGCUUCUCUGAUGGUGGUAGCGGCAUUUGUGAUGAGGGAAAACAGAAGCUGCUGCACACAACGAGGGAAGAUCCACUUGACGGGCUAACGCAAUCGGCGGAAGUAGCAAAGGUAUCCAGUGAGGAAGUGGAUUUUUCCGAACACGACGCAAAUUCCCCACUUCAAACCCAGAUCAAACAAAUCGGCGGGAUUGACGUAUCCGACAGAGUUCUGGAAUUGGUGAAACACGGUCGAGAUCGGAACAAUAACAACAACUACAACGACAGUCGGGUCAUGAUGAUGGUGGCCAAGUAUGAAUCGCAGGGGCGGGGAGCCAAGAGUGGUCCGAUAGAUGAUACUGAAACAAGUGAUUACGAAACGCCUAGUGCGAGCUGCAGUAGUCUCGGGAGUGUGCGAAGUAGUUCCACUUUCAGCGAUGGCAGUCGGGACGUUAUGAGUGUGGAUAAUUUCGGCGGACAAACUGAAGCAGCAGAUGUGGUGGGAACAGGGGAAAGUCACAGAGUGACUGCCGGGGCAGCUACAAUUACGAUUAACAUAAUCAAUAAGACUGCGGACAAUUGUGAUACGAGACCGUUGAGAACGAGUCCUGAAAUGAAGGCUGUGCAGGUGCAAGUUCCGGAAAGCGUGACGGAUGAAGAUAUCCGACAUGCGACGUCAAGUGAGGAAGAGGAAGAAUCUACGGAAUGUGAAUUAGAUGAGUUGAAGCGAGAUGCUGAUCCUGUGCCGAUGAUUGCCGACACAGCGGAGAUGUCCACUGAUCAGUCAUACGAUAAUCACCAUUUUCAAACUGCUGAGAGUCAAGAUUUUUUAGAGUGCGGAAGCGGUUUGGAUUCUUCAAAUUCAUGUUAUAAUGAUAGUUCAGAUGAUCUAGAAGAUGUUUCCGAAAUUCGGAGUGUGCGUUCGAACCAGAGUGGUAAUGUCAGUCGUAGAAUGAUUGACGAUGUGAAUGAACCUAUGAUCAACAUCGUUCAAGAAUUAACUCACGAUAUGCAAAUAACCUCAACUGUUAUAUUGAAUAAAUCAAAAAUCAAAGAUCAUCGCAAAAAACGUGCUGCGGAAAAGAAACAAAAACAGAAAAAGGAGAAAAAGAAGAUGGACAGUUCAAUUUUUAGUCGACAAAAAAUUAUAGACGACAAUUUCUGCAAUGAAAUCCUUGACUCAACCAUUCACUUCGAUCGAUUGUACGGAAUCAACCGUAAAACGGCAGUUGAAACUCCAAUCGAAGUCCUCAGCGAUUCGGCAAUACAAGCAUCAUCGGCUGGAGACGAGUCGUUCGAUUCAUCGCUGUCCAUUGGCAAACUGGAAGGUAAACCACGUUACUCCGGCCGACCGAUCGGACGUCUUAUGGCGAGACGCAUGAAAAAACUAGAUAAACCCACAUCUAGCAAAUCGGAAGGUUUGUCCGAUUCUUCGGCUUCGAAUUAUGCCAACGGUCCGAAAAAACCACCACGAACUUUUGCAGCUUCAUCAUGCAAUAGCUCAAAAAUAGGCUGGGUUACUCAAACCGAGGCAAAUUCUCAGAAACCAAAGUUAAGAAAACCGAGUUGCCCUGAGUUGAAAGAUCUUGAUUCGGAUCCGGAGUUGUUGGGGUGGAAGUUUAAUAGAAAAGACAAAAAGCACGACAUUGGAUGGACCGUUCCGAAGCAGCAACAGUCAACUGAUCCCGCCUCGAUCCCGCCACACAUUUACAGCAUGCUGCACUAUUCGGAUGACGACAACCGAAAACGUCUGAUUAAAUCAUCCAAUUUACGAGCGGCUCCACAGUCGCAGUCAUGCUGUCAUCAUGUCAAUCGUCUUGCAGGACCCAAAUUGGAAAUCGAUACGGUUGAUGGAGCCGCUGGCGUUGCGCAGCGUAAGUCGUCAUCAAAUUCGGAAUUCGAGCGUUUCGUGGCCGAUUCGAAAGUCAAAAGUACUCCUCACAAAAGACGCCAGCACAGGGAAGGAAGACGAUCGGAGCUGUUUCUGCAGUCCGAGCGAAGCGAAAGAAUACGGAAAAGUCCCGAUCGAAGAAGGCGAACCACGGGUGACAUUUUGGAACGGGAAAAGAAGACCGAAAAUAGGCAUUUUUUAGAUGAUGGAAGACGAAGUGAUCACGAACCGGAGGAGGGAAGCUCAUCCAUCUGUAAGAAAUGCAAUGAAAAAUCGGAGAAAAAAUCAUUCCGGAAAGCAGCUGUCCGAAGAACCAAAUCAUUUUUCGAAGCGUCAAAAAAGAAAAUACAUUUGCAAGCCUUGAAAAAGAAACCGAAGCCAAAGGAACGCUUCGAAACACCGAAGAAAUGCGAACUUGGUUCCAAUCUGAACAAGGAAAACUCAAUUAAAAAGCAACUGCAUAAACAUUUGGGCUACACUCCAGACCAUCUGCGCUGCGGAUCUUGUCCGAAACGAUCUGGAAUGGUACGAAAUAAUCUUAUCGACACUACUAACUCCGCUCCUGCAAGGAUUACGUCCGGCAAUGAUGUUUGCCGUCCCAGAUAUCCAGCCCGAACAGUGCUUAAUUUUUCUGGACCAGAAAUGGCAUCGGAAGAUGGUACGGUAGAAGACUCACGGAAGCAGAAAUCUCACGAGAUAAAGUUUCUGAAAACCUUGAAGAAUCUCAAAAUUUCUCCAAAGAAGUUGUUCAAAUCGAACGAUAAUUCGAAAAGUUGUCCAUUGGCUGAAUCGCCACGACAGUAUGGUGACUUCCAAUCCUAUGACGACUUGAAUUUGGAUAACAUUGCUCAAAUGGGUGAUUUCUUGAACAAUGUUCGUCAAGCGGUAGAGGUCGAACGGCAAAACAAUUCCCACGAUCUAACGUUCAACAAAAUUUAUAUGGCGAGAUAUUCAAAGCCUGUCAGCUGCUCCACACCAAGGAAUAGACAUGUUUCCACUAGCACCGAAUUACUUGAUCGUGUCGAUCAACGUAGAGUUGAAGUUUGCGCAGAUUUGCAUCAGGAACCGAUCUACCAGGAAAUCUCCCCGAAAAACAACAAAACAAUCAUCAACGAGUUCCUCAGUGGAGAAUCCAACAAUCGACACGUGAUGAUCAAUAAUAAUCCAAACGUGUUGUAUGCCACUGUUAACAAAAUCCCUAAAAAUCUAAUCAAACGGACAUCGUUCAGUAACUGUAGUGUCGAACACCAACAAAAUCAACCGAAUCCAGUUAGCGUGAAGAAGUUGAACGCUGAGCUACCAAGCCCUACACGUUUAAACACAUCCACUGACACACAAUCAAACUUUAACGGCAGCAAACUGCGACGUUCUUUGUUUCAUACUCCUGCAUGCGGUGGUGGUCCUAAUCGGUCCGGUUCCAUGGAUGACGACAAUGAUAUCUCGGUUUUGCAGGAAGACAACGACGAGCUUCGACUAGUCAGCGACGGACGGGACUCACGGAAGGCGGAGCCGGUGGUGGACAUUGUUGAGGAAAUGGUACUGCGAAAGCACGUAUCUGCAUCUCAGACAGGCACCAGACAAAACAAACACGACAACGGGACAAAGGAUGACGUACAGGACGAUGACGGGUACAGGGUUUUCAGUAGUGACAUUCACCGAUCCGACAGUGGAACGAUGGAACGUGGUGCCCUGACGUGCGAGGAACAGCUCCAGAAGACGGCUAUGAAGGCAGACACGGUCGGAAGAGCUCCGCUAGGAUCCAUUGAUACGUCUGAUGAAGAGAUCGAAUCACUGCAGAAGUACGGCGAUAGGUGCCUGGACGAGUUGGUCACAUCACUGCGAGAGAACAUCACCCUGUCGGAGAUUGGUACCAUCGAUACGGAAUCGGAAGCGUUCGUAACCGGUUUCGACACUGUGGACUUCAAUCCGGUUACACCUUCGCGUCGUAACGAUUUGGAAGCGGCCAGCGCUGGGAACAACAGCGACAAACCGAACUCCACUAUCGAUACGGACAACAUUUCCGAGCUGAUGAGUGCACACGAUUAUUCCGUGUCGAAUCUGUCCCCGGUGAACAGCUCACCGUCAUCGGGUAAGAUGAGGAUGAAUAGCAGCGACAUUUACCGGAAUCUGAAGGAUAAGCUGAGGACUUCAUUUCGAAAGAGUAAAAAUUUUAUCAAAAGUGAGCAACGAAAAAUUGUAAAUUACUUCGACGAUAAACCCACAAAACGAGAAGAAGGAAAUCGCGUGGCAUUCGACCUGGAUGAGUACCGCAAUAAAUACAUUGACGACACUGAAACAGAAGAAAUAUAUCAAUCACUAAGUAACGCGGGUUCUCUGGUAGAGUUGAGCAACCAAUUUUUGGCGGAACUGGUAAAUCAGAUCAAAACACAGUGUGACAUUAAAAAGCAGCUAAAGCAGGCAUUGUCUGUUUGUCGGAAUACGAGGGAAUUUGAAUGUUCCUCUGAACUAAUUGAGGCAGAACGGUUGAUGUUACUGUCGACACUGAAGGAAACUGCCGCCAGGAACGAGCUGAGUAAGAUCGACUACAACUCAAACGGAAAAGUACUGAACGAAGGCAAAAAGGUUGGCAUUGUGGCCCUGAAUCAUUUCGAGUUCCCCUUGAAGGAAGCUGCUGUCAACGAUAUGCUUUUCAACUAUUUCUACGUAAUGGUGUGCUCUUACAAAAACCAAGUCAAAGCUACGCUGUCCAAAGAGCGCAAUAAGGAUCGCGUUUACUUCCGGGACUGCGAGAUCGAAUUCCACGAUUUGGAUGCUGAGUAUGAAAUUCGAGUGGAAGUGUUCGUGCUACGAUUACGGAAGAAUGCGCGUAAUUUCAGUUUCGAAAGCAAAUAUCAUUUGAAUAAGGAAAACAAAAACCUACUCGGAUCCUGUCCAAGUCCCCCGAAAGUGCUUAGCCCAGCCAAGCUACUUACGAGCCGUUCAAGUUCGCCGAAAAAUUAUGAUUUCGAUAACGAGUUUUCCCGAUUCAAAUCUCAAGGAUUUAUUACACUCACCUCGUUCAGUUUGCUACCCUCGAACAGCACUCUACAGCUGGAAGGCAACGAACAGCUGUUGGAAAACUGUCGUCACUCACCGUACUAUUCGGCAUCUAGCAACUUCCAGCGGAUGGUACGACGCCAGGGCGACCACAACGUUUAUCUGAUGGAGGACUUCAAGUAUCUCAAACUGGAUUCAAUGGUUUACAAUUCAAAUCUACUCGGAAGCAUUGGAAUGAGCGUCAAAAGUGAGGUUCUCUUUGUGAACUCUGAUAUCAGUGGAUUCUUGACAGUCGGUCAAAGUCGUACCGGUAGCAUCGAUUGGAGCAGGAAGUGGUGCAAGUUGAAUGGAUUCGUUCUAGAAUUUUGGAACUAUCCCCAGGAGUGUCAAGAGAAGCUUCCGACCGUUCAAAUUGAUCUGACCAAAUGUAUCUGUGACGGGGUGGAGUUAGCAGAUCGAUCUACCUGUUCACGCCCACGAACAUUCCGGCUGGACGUGUUUGUAAAGGGAUCUGGCAGCUGCAGUAGUAGCGGUAUUAGCAGCUACAAGGAUACGGACUCGCAUCAGCAGCAGCAGCAGAUGCACAAUCGAAACAGUGACAGCCACCACCAGCAGCAGCAGCAAUCCACAUGUGAUAACACUAAAAUAUAUCUCUUGUCGGUCGACACACCCAACGAGCUCAAGAUGUGGCUCAAUGAGUUGAAUCGCGUUGUUAAGUUUUUAAAGGAAUGGAAAAUUUGAACUCGUUAACCAUCUCCCCCGUUAUGCAAAUUCGGCAAUCGGUGCAAUAAUAAAAAAUACAAUAAUAGCUGCUACUUGUAAUGGUCAAAUUUGAGUCAUUAUUUUCGAAUUAAACGUUAGACUGUAGCCUAGAUCUAAGGGAAGUGAAUCUCAUAUGUUUGUAAAUUACUAGCGCCUCUUCCUAACGUCAGAUUUCAAUUAGUUAUAAGGUUUUUAAAUUGUCGUUAUGUAAACGUUGGCAAACGCUUCCAAGAUAGUUAAUUGAAUUUUAUUUUUAUUACAACUCAUCAUUCCUAAUGACAAUCUUAUAUCUAUGCAUUCCACAUGAAAAUACAUAAAACCGAUGCAACAUAGUGCCUCCUAGAAAUAGUUGAUAUAUUGAUCAUAAUAAGCUGCAGCAUAGUUACAGGACAAUUCAACUACUAAUUGCGAAUCGUUUCGAUUGUGUUUCUUGUUACUAAUCCAAUUUGCUAAGCUAAUGGCAAAUCGAAAUGAUCUCAAUAUUGUUCUAGAACAUGUAAAUUAAUUCGGUGAAUAAGUUUUCAAUCAAAAUGUACAUCUAGGUUUUUACUACUUGAAUUAAUGUUAGAAUCCAAUAGGGGCUACACAAAUUAUACAUAAUUAGUGUUGUUUCCACUUUAAAUAAAUCACUUGAAUUAUUCUGUUACUAAA